AUGAGCCCUGUAGCUGCAAAGAGACCGAACUGCUGCUGUCGCCAUGUUCUGACUCGGACCAUGGCGUGUGGAGCGAUCACUUGCGAGCCAUGGACGCACUGAAGUCAUUGAUCCGUGACAGGCUGCGGGGCAACCCAACAGCUGCGCGGCUACUUGAGGAGAGGCCGGAGCUGCAGGAGGACCCCGCGGCGCUGCUGGGGCUGUUAGAGGAGCAGGGGGUGAUCGAAGAGAUCUACGCGCAGCUGGAGUGCAGUUUGCAGAAGCCCCUGGAGCCGAGCCCGGUGGUGCAGCCUGCGCCAGACGCGAGAUUCGAGGCCGGCGAUGGGCCUGCGCCGGGCUGGCAGCUUUGCCUGCGCCUCGUGGAAGGUCAGGCCUUCCUGGACUACCUGGAGGAUGCCGAUUCCGCAGGCCGGGAGAUGGUGUGGCACCUGGCCUUCGGGCGCCAGCGCUGGCGGAGCCGCGCCGUGCCCUGCGCCGUGGCGCCGCGCUUCGACGAGGCGAUGUUUCUCAAGCUUCCCUCGUGCGCCUCACGCAACGGACUGCUGCAGCACUCCUCCCCGGUCCACUUGGUGCUCGUGUCCUAUGGAGGUAGUGGCAGCGGCGAGGAGCCGCCAUGGGAUGUGGGCCAAGGCACCGUGAUCUCGAGCCACCUCCUCGAGUGGCGGCAUUGCCUGAGUACCCCUGGUCCCCUGAAGAUGACGGUUGAGCUGCAGGGCGUGGGGCGCCGGCACCAGCUCUCCGUGGGGGUUCUGCACUUGGAGCUGGAGCUGCGCCCGCAGGGCGGCGAGCUGCUCCCGCAAAUGGCGGUGGCGGCGCAGCUCCGGGCGGAGGAGCAGCGCCGCGCGGAGGUCAUGCGGCGCGCCUUUGAGGAGAUGGACCGCUGGUGGGCUGAGCACCACAUGCUGUACCCUUCGCGGCACAUCCGCCUCUUUGCCCAGACGGAGUGCUGCGUCUUUCUGCCCGUGGCCAACUUUGUGGUCCCGCUGCAUGCGGGGCGCCAGCUGGAUGGGCCCAGCCACGCGCUACGCUUCGUUUCUUUGAUCCCGUUGGAGCCAGUCAGUGCGAAGGAGGCGUCUUCUGCUGAGCCGCGCUGGCACACUUUCCCAACUUUAUGGGCGCGAGGAAGCGCUACGUGCGAAGAGCGCGCGCUGCUUCUCUGCUCACUUCUUCUUGGCUACUCGCUGGAUGCCUGGUGCUGCCUGGGUACGGACGAGCGGAACCAGGCGCACGCCUGGGUCUUGGUACGGGACAAGGGCGACAAGUCCAUGCCUGCGCAGGUCACGCUUUGGGAUCCCCGGACCGCUGCCAAGAUCCGGGCGGAUGAGCCUCGUUACCUGUCGUCUUUCAGCUCUGUAGACACGGUCUUCAACCAUCGCCGAGUGCUGGUUUGCCACCAGGAGGAUUUGGCCCAGGUUUCCUACGACUUCAGCGACCCCCGGUCCUGGCUCCCGGCGCCGCUGGAGCAGGAGGUCUUGGAUGUCCUGCAACUCUACCCUUGCAAGAGCUGCCCCGGCUUUGCGGAGCUCUCGCUGCGGACCUGGAAGGUUCAUUGGGACCUGGAGACUUUGGAGGAGACCAUCGAAGAACGGCUGGCCGUGGCACUGCGGAACCACCGGGAGGCGCUGGGCUUGAAGACUGUCAUGGACCAGCAUGUGGCUGAGCUGCUGCAUGUGGCGCUGGUGAAUUUGGAGUCCGAGCGAAGAGGCAUGCCAUCACAGGCCUCCGUGUUUGAGGCUUUGGCCGGCAGAGUCUGCAGGCCGGGGGAGGUGCUGAGGGCCACGCCCGUGCAGUUCAACCACCUCCGGGUCUCCUUGUUCUGGCCGGCGCUGAGUGAUCGGCCCACGGUGCGGGAGGUCCUAGCCCAGGCUGCGCACAGCUUCGCGGUGCGCUGCCGCGUGGUGCUUCUGCCGGAGGGCGCGAAGAGCGUUUGGGUUCUCAAGGCAAACGCACGACCUCGAGCUGGGGAUCUGAGCACAGCACAGAUUCCUCGAAUCAACCAGCAUGGCUGGGUUUUUGGGCUUCAGUUCAACGCAGAGACAGGUGGAAUGGUGGAUGCCCGGGUGGGCAACGGUGAUGUUUCUUGAUUUGCUUGGUGAACCACU